GUUCUUGAAAUAUUACGACGAAACGCAACGGUAAUGUCAAUGAACUUUAUCCCGCGUGAAUAUUUCAGGCCGCGACGGACGCAGCAGUGGAAAGUUUAAAGACUGUCAUUCAUUUUUUUUUUAUCGCAAAUAUCAACUUUGUGUUUUGAUUGGGUCUUUUUUUCUUCUGUGUGACGUCUGUUGUUUGUUUGUUUGUGGUUUAGUUAUUCUCGACCGUCGUGACAAUAAUUCAAAGGAAAUCAGCCGUGUUUUCUCGUUUAAAGUAUAAUGAGAACAGGAUCUUCAUUCAUUUCUGUGCUCUAAACGGAAGGACUUCAUGUACCGUGUCUGAACUUGUUGACAUUCUUUUGUUUACCUCUGACGGAUCGCAUCGGACUUCUGUUUCAAUGGUUUAUUUACAUCAUUUUGACAUCUGUCAGACAUCUGAAAGCUCGAUGUCCGGUCAGCUGAUCUGUCAUAAUAUGGUUUGGGAAGUGAAACGUCAGUCAGUCCCUCAGAGAGUUCAAGACGUUCAGGUACAGAGCUCGGGUAUGGACGACACCUUUGACCUGCUCAAGUGUAAUGAGCGCCUGCCCUCCUCACCCGGCUGCCCAUCUAACCACACACACAUGGAGUACGAUGACCUGCCCGAGCUCCAGGAGGUGCGGGAUGACCAGACCACAGUGGGCGUGUUCCAGGUGACCCCGGGCGUGUCACAUGAGGAGGGGCGGAGCUCUAAGCCAGAGAGCAGCGCAUCAAAUACGAGCUGGCUGACGGAGCUGGCCAACAUUGCGACCAGCCCUCAGAGCCCCCUGCUCCAGAAUGACCCGCACAACCGGUCGUCCCCUGUUCACAUCUUCAGCAGCAGCAGCAGCAGUUUACAUUCCUACGCGAGACCUCCUCUGUGGUCCAGCAGCGCUCCCAGCCCCGCCCGCAGUCACAUGAGAGAGCGCCGGCGCACCCGAGCCAGCAGUGAGUCUGAAUCAGGUAUCUUCAGCAUGUCGUCUCUGUCUGAUGAUGAUGAUCUGGGCUGGUCUCAUUCAUGGCCCUCAACAGCUUGGCACUGUUUUCUGAAAGGAACACGUCUGCGCUUUCAUAAAGGUGUGAAUGUGGAGUGGCAGGAUGCAGAAGAUGUGAUGGAUUCGGAUGAAGAUUCUGACGAUGAGGGAGGAUCACAGUCCAACCCCAUGAAGAAACUCUGUUUGUGUCUGAAGAGUUACGGCUUAGAAGGUCUGAAGCUGGUGGCUCUGGAGGAGACGGUGUCUUUCGGUCAGUCCGUCCUGAAAUUAACCUUUGACCCCGGUUCAUCUGAAGCAGGCCUUCUGACUGCCGAAUGCCGACUGGACCAUCCGUUCUUUGUGAAAAACAAAGGAUGGUCCUCCUUUUAUCCGAGCCUCACCGUCGUUCAGCACGGCAUUCCCUGCUAUGACAUGCAGAUGGGAGACUUGUGUCUGCCGCCGGGACAUCGUGACGCCAUCAACUGUGACGAUUCGGUGGUUUUCGACACUUUCAGGAGUUACGACUUCACGCCUCUGGACUCGUCGGCCGUCUAUGUUCUCAGCAGUAUGGCUCGUCAGCGCCGAGCUUCUCAGUCCAGCGGCGGAGCCGUGAGUCCCGACUGUGACAAACUAGAGGCCUGCGGCUCCGCCCACCACUCCCCCAGCAGCAAAUCGCAGCGCAGCCAUGCCUCAGUGAGCUCCGGAGCCACACCAACAAAGUGCAAGCGGCCAAUGAAUGCCUUCAUGUUAUUUGCCAAGAAAUACAGAGUGGAAUACACGCACAUGUACCCGGGCAAGGACAACAGAGCGAUCAGCGUCAUUCUGGGCGAUAAAUGGAAGAAGAUGAAGAAUGAGGAGAGGAGGAUGUUCACCAUGGAGGCGAAAGCUCUAGCCGAGGAGCAGAAGCGACUCAACCCCGACUGCUGGAAACGCAAGAGGACUAACUCGGGUUCUCAACAAAACUAGUCUGAUGGAAGCACCAGCUGGAGACACUUUCUCUCACGGACCGAUGAAGCUGUUCGGGUCUGCACACUUGCUUUAGAAACACAAACGAAAGGUCGUGAUGAUUACCACUUGGUGUAAACUAGAGAAAAGAAUUGAAACCGAAGGAAAAUCAGAUAUAUUCAAUAUUUAAGAAAAUGUAAUCCUGUCAACUAACAGUGCUUAUGUGUGUUUUAUAAUCUUUAAAAAAAGAAUGACUUAUUCUUCCAAAGCAAGACGUCGAGUUCUUCUUUCAGGUAAUCUGUAUUUCUGUGCUUGAAAGGUGCAACCCUGUGGUGCUAUUUUACUGAGGCCGAAGGAGCGAUUACAUAUAUAUAUUCAAAUAAAGUCUAUUUUUAAAUGUUAAAAGAGGAAACGUAGAUGUUAGCUCGUUUUUCAGCUGUUCACAAUUCUAGAACUCAACUUGUUGCACAGACUUGGAUGUAUUGCAAACGCCAGCGAGCUGAGAGGCCUUGAAUUGAAUGUGACAUCAGUCCAGCCUAUAGGCCAUAUUCUCUGUGUGUGUGUUUAUUCAUGCAGCCAUAUUGUAGAUGGAAGGAGUCACACACGCACACAUUCUGUCAUACACAGCACUUCAGGGCCAUGCCUUCACUGCAAGUGUUCAGGUUUUGCACUUUAUAUUCAUAUAUAACCUUAUACAACAAAUACAUGUAUACAAGCUGAAAUAUUGUGUAAAAAUAUACAUAUAUAUAUCUUGAUAUGAUGAUGUAUCCUUUGACACAAUCAUGGUCAAACUGAGCAAACUUGUGUUGUGCUUUGCGGGUUUGCCAUGGGAUUGCAUUACAAAUACAUUUGUUUUUGUUAAUAUUGUACAGGUCCACGUUCCCAUCCAUUUCUUGCACAUACAAUUGUAUCAUAUAAAUAAAAUUUUAAACUUA